GGCAGGCGCACGUGACCUCCCGCUCCGAUCCCCCUCAGUCUCGGGUCCCCCGGAUGCCCCCCCCAGCCCCGGGGUCCCGUCGGGAUUCGGCUGUGUUAAUACGGGGAUAUUGGUGUGACCUGGGCUAUACGGACAGUGAGAGCUGCUUCUCGCUCCCGAAAGGUGUCAGGCCACGCCGGCCCAUCCUCUGGCCUCGCCGGAGACACGGAGUGGGGUGUUGGGUCUCUCAGUGCAGAGGCCAUGAAGAUUAACAAGGACACGGUGCUGCGAGGAAAGAAGGUGACGCUGGUGCCCUACACCUCUGCACACGUGCCCCGGUACCACGAGUGGAUGCAGUCGGAGGAGCUGCAGCGACUGACAGCCUCGGAGCCCCUUAGCCUGGAGCAGGAGUACGAAAUGCAGCGCAGCUGGCAGGAGGACGCUGACAAGUGUACCUUUAUUGUGCUGGACUCGGAGCGCUGGCCUGGGCAGGCGGAGGAGAGCUCCAUGGUGGGGGAUGUGAAUCUCUUCCUCAACAACACCGAGGACCCAACUGUAGGCGAGAUUGAAAUCAUGAUUGCAGAGCCCAGCUUCCGUGGCAGAGGGUUUGGCAAGGAGGCAGCUCUGCUGAUGAUGGCCUAUGGAGUGAGAAAACUGGGGAUCACCAAGUUUGAGGCUAAGAUUGGUCAGGAUAAUGAAGCCAGUAUCUGCAUGUUCAAAAAGCUUCACUUUAAGGAGGUUGCUGUGAGCAGCAUUUUCCAGGAGGUGACGCUGAGGCUGGAUGUCAGCGACCAGGAGAGACAGUGGCUCCUGGAGCAGACAAACCACGUGGAGAAGAAGAGCUACGCUGAGCUGCAACAGCCAGUUGGGGUGCUGGACACCUGACAGACACCUCCAGACACCACCUGGGUUUCCAGGGAAAAUCUGGACGUUGCUGCAAGGUCUGGGUGUGGAGGACACCAGUGAGCCAACAUUGGAACUAUUUUCAUCUGUCUCCUUCAGCUGCUUUGUCAUCUUAUCAACUUUGUACUUUGCUCAGCCAGCUGGGAUUACUGCCUGCAAGCUGGACCUGGGGAACAGCCACUAACUCACAAGUUUGGCUACGAAUGACUCUGACUUUGAUGCGCUGUUCCAACAGAGCCUAAAAUCACCAGCAGUUGAUUCCUGGACAAGAAGAAACUUCUCCCACUGCUUUUAAAUCAGGAUUCAUCAGCAAGCAGGUUUCAUAUAUUGGCAGCUCAGUCUUUUUUAUUCUUGAAAUAAAAUUUAA